UGCGGUCUCGGCCGUGGGAUUCAAGCGCCGUGUCACCGGGUCGCGCCAUGGAGAAGAAUGGCGCCGGGCCCGAUGCCCGUCUCAUUGAUUCGACGAUGCUGGGAGAGGAAUGGCAGGACAUCUGCUUCGACAUCGGCAAGACCAGCAUUUUGAAAAACGUCACCGGCAUCGCCUCCCCCGGACGCCUGACGGGCGUCAUGGGCCCCAGCGGCUCGGGGAAGACCACGUUGCUGAAUGUUCUUUCAGGAAGACAGCGAACAAGCGGCUACAGCAGGACAGGCUCCAACAAGCAAGAGGUGCACUUCAGCGGAGAAGUUUUCGCCCGCGGCCGCCCGGUCUCCACGUCCUUCUUCCGUGGCAAGACAGCCUUCGUGUUCCAGGACAACGCUCUGAUGGACAGCGACACGGCACGUGAGGCCUUGCAAUUUUCAGCCUACCUCCGCCUCUCGCGCAACGUCUCCAAGUCAAAACGAGAUCAACUUGUGGAGCGAUUGCUGGAGGAUUUGCACCUUGAGGAUGCAGCCGAAGUGAUUGUCGGCGGACCUUUGCGAAAAGGUCUGAGCGGCGGUCAACAGAAACGUGUGGCGGUUGGAGUGGAGUUGAUCUCAAAUCCGCAGAUGAUCUUCUUGGAUGAGCCCAUCAGCGGCUUGGACUCCUACAAUGCGUUCACCCUAAUGCAGUCUCUGAAUAAGCUGUCGCGUACGGGCGUGCCAGUGGUCUUGACCAUUCACCAGCCAAGCUCUGAGAUCUACGACCUCAUUGACGAUGUCAUUUUUUUGUGUAAAGGCGAAGUCGUGUUCCAGGGCCCGCGGUGGGGACUUUUCAGCCACUUUGAUCAGCUGGGGUUCCGCUGUCCGACGAACCACAAUCCUGCGGAUUUUGUCAUGUUCCUCAUCCACAAGGAGGGAGAUGAGGUGCUGGACCAGUUGACCGGCAAUUGGCGGACCAGCACCGCGGCCAAGCAGCUGACCACCCGCAUCAUGCAUGCAGGAGAUCACUUCAACCCCGAAGCGGCACGGGCCGCCUCCCGGAUCCUCUCCAGCGACUCCGACUCGUCCGACGCUGAGGAGGACGAAAGCAGCUCGGGAGAUGAAGGUUCCACCAAGGCGAGGAAAAAGCGGAACUGUUUUCAAGCACAGUGGGCUUUGAUCCGACGCGAUGGGCGGCGCAUCUGGCGCGAUAAGAGUUUGGUGCUCUCCGCCAACAUUCAGAAUCUCUUGGUUUCCUUGAUCUACGGCUGGCUGUUCUUCGGUGCUGGCCAUCAGGAGAGUCGCGACAUCGGAUUUUCAUCGUCCUUCCUUGCUUUGCCGGUAGGAGAAGAGCCAUGCUUGGAUCAGACCUUGUUCGACUAUCCGAUGGCUCGGGACCAAUGUCUUCGCAUGUUUCAGGUGCAUUGGGGUGCCCUGAGUAUCGUGGCCAUCAAUGCUAUGAUGGGAUCCAUCACGUGGGCCAUCACGGUUUUUCAGAACGAACGCUCCUGCUUUCUUCGAGAAUCCUCCAGUGGAUACUACAACAACUUCUCCUACUUCCUUUCCAAGACCAUUUUCGAAUUUCCCGUGAUGUUUUUGUCCAUCGUUGUGAGCAUCCUCUCCGUUUAUUGGCUGAUGGGUUUGCUGGCCAAUCCUCUCGUCCUGAUUUGUGAGGUGCUCCUGCUCUCCGUGGCGUCAUCGUCCAUCGUCUUCUGCUUGAGUGCUCAGGCAUCCACUUCAGAACAAGCCUAUGCCUUGGCUCCCAUUGCGCAGAUCCCGCAGUUUGCCUUCGCAGGCAUCCUCUUGCCCAACGAGAUGGUGCCACUGUCUCUGCGCUGGUUGAAGUGGCUCUGUCCUUUGUACUACGGAAUGACGAUGAUGGCCCUGUCCGAAUUCUCCGAGACCGUGGACGACUUUCAACGCUGCGAAGAACAGCUCACGGUCAAUGGAACGAAGCCAGAGAGUAAUGUCAUGUCUCAACUUUGUCCUGGAGCUGUGAUCCAAGUUCUUGCCCUAAGAUCUCAGGGAGUGUAUGAGAACUUCUUUUGGUGGCCCGCGUUCUCGAUGUGCUGCAUUUUCUUCGUUGGUUUCCGUCUUCUGAGUGUCUACAUCCUCUGGAGAAAGAGUCGCUACGUUCUAUAGAUUCCUCCCCGGUCGGGCGGCGCGGUACUGGGACUGUGACAUCACAAUGGUAGCCCUGUGUUC